AUGCCCACCGAAAUAAAAGGUCCCGGUCUCUUAUACGUCAAUUCCAAAUUAGCAUCCGAUCUCAUCGACGAAACGACAUAUCAGAAAUGGUACAGAGAAGACCACAUCCCUGAAGUCAUCGCCACAUCAGGCAUUGACUCCGCAAUGCGUUGUAGAGACGUCGAUCCUGCAGCCGAUAAACCGAAUCUUGUUUUGUAUCCCAUGAAAGAUAUAGGAUUUACACAAACCGAGGAGUUCAAGAAGAUUAAGGUGCAUAGCGAUAUCUUACCGGACGGAAAACCGAUUUAUGAUCUCGCUGAGUUGGAUGUGAGAUAUUAUGGCCUGUCGCAGGUUUUCGAUGAGAAGAAAGUUGGACCUGGGCAAACGAAAUUGAUCUUGACCGCCGGGAUCGAAUUAAGCCCCGCCAUUACCUUCGCCGACUUCGACUCCUGGUAUCGCGACGAACAUCUCGGCGAACUCAACAAGUGUCCCGGCUACCUCCGCACCACGCGCUAUCAACUCCUAUUCUCGCGCUCCAACGCUGAGUCUCGCGUCCUCAAGGGGUUGCCCCCGAGACCAGAGGAUAAGAACGCGCAGAAACCGCCCACGUAUCUUGCGAUCCAUGAGUUCGAUACGGAGACGCCGGAUUUGGCGGCUGUGAUGAAGACGGCGGAGACGGAGUGGAGUAAGAGAAUUCUGGGGGGCGUGGGGAGGGUGGAACAGCCGGUUUUUAGGGUUGUGGAGGGGUUUGGGAAGGGAGGGUUCUUUCAUUGA